CUCAUGAAAUUUGCUGAAGAUGGUGAAAUAGAUAAGGAAGAUAUUCUAAAAAUUUUCAUAAUAGAUAAUUGGCUAAGUUCAUAUACUUGUACGUUUAAGCAAAAAGCAAUAGAACACGAGCUUGAAUUAGCAAAAGAUAAUAUUCACAUAUAA